GCCCCCGCCCCCUUGGGUUGUGGUGAAACGUGUCUGUCUACAAACAAUGCAACCUCUGUGGUUCAUCUUUCUAACCGCUGUGACUCAGGCUUCCGUAAUAACAACUAGUUCUCUUCCUCCUAACUCUUCUCUUUUGCGCAUUUCGUCGAACAUCUUGUGGGCUCAUCUCCGAAAUCCUUAAUUUAUCAUCCGUUUGAUGCUUCCGAAUUUCAGGAAUAAUCAAUGAGGCAUGCCGCCGCCAUUCUCCGUUACCAUCGACAUGCACCGUUCCGUUCUAGAGUUCUUCCAUUUGUAGCAUGGAGGAGGACAUGGCAGUGUUUAUCAUUGAGAGAAUGGAACGGUCCGAGAGUGAAUGAAGACCUUUGGUUUCCUUCCAUUAUACUGCAAAAAUAUUGCUUUUCAACUAGUUUUAAUAGCGUGCACGGUGAGAGGCCAUCUGCUGAGUAUGCAAGGCAGAGGAAGCAAUCAUUAGAGGAAGAAUUUGGACACGUAUUGGGGUCACACAGCUCCAAAAGUGUAUCUGUAGUAUAUCGAUUUGGACCAUUCCUGGCAUUAUUCAGAGCAGCAGUUAUCUCAUACCAUGUGUUAAAGUUGUCUGCAUGGCAACUUUUUGUUCAUGAUAUUCACAAACGUGCCACUAAGUUUUGCGAAACUCUGAUCCAACUGGGGCCAUUUUAUAUCAAGCUUGGGCAGGCAUUGAGCACUAGACCUGAUAUAUUACCGACCAUAUACUGCCAAGAGCUUUCAAAACUCCAGGAUCAAAUACCUCCUUUUCCAACUUCUGUUGCCAUGAGAUCCAUUGAAACCCAGUUGGGUGCUCCUGUGUCAGAAAUCUUUGCUGACAUCAGCCCAGAGCCUAUUGCUUCUGCUUCUCUGGGGCAGGUUUAUAAAGCUCAUUUGCAUUCCGGAGAGCUGGUAGCUGUCAAGGUGCAGAGGCCUGGUAUGUCAUUGUCAUUGACUCUUGACGCAUUAUUGUUUCACAUGAUAGGCGGGCAAUUAAAACGUUUUGCCAAGGCUCGCAAGGAUUUGUUAGUUGCAGUGAACGAGAUGGUCAGGCACAUGUUUGAAGAGAUAGAUUACAUCUUAGAAGGAGAAAAUGCAGAGCGGUUUGCUUCUUUGUACGCUUCUCAUCCUGGUGAUGAUAGUCUUGCAAAGAAGUUUGAUGCUACAACCGGGAAUCCUCAAACAAAUAGAGGUCAAGGCCUUAUAAGAGUUCCUAAAAUUUAUUGGAAGUACACUCGUAAAGCUGUGCUGACAUUGGAAUGGAUAAAUGGAAUCAAGCUUACAAAUGAGGAAGCAUUAGCAAAGCUCCAGUUGCCACGCAAGGAGCUUGUUGACCAGGGACUGUACUGCUCUUUGAGACAACUGCUUGAGGUGGGGUUUUUCCAUGCUGAUCCUCAUCCUGGAAAUCUGGUUGCUACGGAUGAUGGAUCUCUAGCCUAUUUUGACUUUGGGAUGAUGGGAAAUAUUCCACGUCAUUAUCGUGUUGGCCUCAUUCAAGUGCUUGUGCACUUUGUUAAUCGUGACUCACUGGGUUUAGUAAAUGACUUUCUAUCCCUCGGAUUUCUCCCUGAAGGUGUUGAUAUCCUGUUGGUUUCUAAUGCCUUACAAACAUCCUUUGGUGAUGGGACCAGGCAAUCUCGAGAUUUUCAGAGCAUAAUGAACCAGCUAUAUGAUGUGAUGUAUGAGUUCAACUUCUCUCUCCCUCCUGAUUAUGCUUUAGUGAUAAGAGCACUGGGAUCCCUGGAGGGGACAGCUAAAGCUUUGGACCCGGAUUUCAAAGUAGUUGAAAGUGCAUACCCAUAUGUUAUUGGGAGGCUUUUGGCAGAUCCAAGUCGUGAUAUGAGGAAAAUACUGAGGGAACUGGUUAUUCGUAAUGAUGGGUCAAUAAGGUGGAACCGUCUUGAACGUCUGAUUGUAGCAAUAUCAGAAGCAGCGUUUGACUCUGCUGAGCAGCCUCACACCUCUGAACAAGAUUCUUCAAAUCCUUUGAGAUGGAAAUCUUUCAACAUGCGAUCUGUUGUUGGUGCUACAGAAGAUCUUCUCUUAUUUAUACUAUCUGAAAAUGGUUUGAGGAUACGUAUGCAUCUCACGAGGGAUAUACUUCAAGCAGUGGAUGCAUUCUUGCAGGAUGCAGUGGCUGAUCAGAACUCUUACGGAGACUUCAUUGAGAGGAAGACAUCUGAGGAACACUCAAGAAGUAGAAGGGUGGCGAACGGCUUUCACUAUUUUUGGCAGGCAGUGAAGAAGUCCCCAGAAGCAUGGAUUUCAAUGCUAGCUCGCAUGUCAAUAAAACCAGAGUUCCACAACUUCAUUUUAGACAUAGCUUCAGUCUUGAUGCAGCAUUCUAGCCGUAAAGUUCCUGAGACAACCUGGAUACUUUUUUCUAAAUCACUUCACAAUUUUGUAGAUAGCUCAAAGUCUAACAACCUAUGAGAUGGCAAGUUAUAUAGCUAGAGGGCCUUGGUUCUAACAUGUAAGGGCCUUAGUAAAAUAAGGGUGUAAUGUAUAUAACACUGUCAAAAUUUACUUUGUCUGAUGUCAAUUCUGUAGUUGUAUUUUCAUUGUUUUUUUUUUUUUUUUGAAGCAUAUUUUCAUUGUAUUUGAUGUGCUGGUAUAGUUCUAAUUUUUUUAAAGUCUUUAUUGAUAGGCAUUUUUUUGAAAAUAUAUAUAUAUAUAUAGGUAGGAAGUUUGAAUGUUUGUUAUCUAUUACAUACUGCUAAAAGCAAAUGUAAAGGGACACUGGCAAUGUAUUAUUAAUAUAUAUUUUUUUUUGGUGCCAAAAUUACUUUUUAAAAGUCAUUGUUAUAUAAAAACAAGGUUUGUAUCUAGAUUAUGAG